AUGGAGGGCUGGAGAGACCAUCUCCACUUCUCUUUCUUGGGUGAACAUGUUCUGUUACCCAACUUACAUGUCGACUCGCUCUGGAAGUUCGUCAUUGCAUCUAUCUUGGCCAUAGUGGUCUGUGCGACUGAAAGACUUCUCACCUAUGCAAUCACGAAACAAUGGGGUCCAACGAGCAUACGACAGUCUCGCAUGCGCACUGCUUUGUGGAGGGCUUUUCUAUAUUGGUUUGUCACAUUUGACAGAUUAAUGUACAUGCUAAUAGCUAUGACCUUCAAUGUUGGAUUAAUAACUGUCACAGUUACAACGCUUUCGGUCGGUCAAUUCGUCAUUGAAUACAUCGAGAUGCCAUGCAAUUCAACAUCCGACCAAGAGAAUGUCAAUUUGAAGGAACCUCUGCUAUCUUCAUCCCAAUAUGACGAACACUCAUCAGCAGAUUCCUAUCCACCGCCUAUGCCUUUCCCACAACGCCGUGCAAGGUCCAAGCCCCACAACAUCUACAUUCACCCGAGUGACUCCAACUUUGUUCGCGCGGAAGCGGCUGUAGAACAGCUUGGGCUGCCUGGCACCCCUCCGCUGACCAGCGCUAGCAGCUGGCAGGCUAACCAAGCAAGAGGCGCUACAGAUGUGUCCGGGUAA